AAACAACAUUCACAAUUGUGCAAAAUCCUCUUGUUUCUGAGACUUAAGGAGGUAUUUUGAAAUGAACGUGAAUAUUAUUUUGAAGUAUGAGACAAUCUUUUUGUUUCUCUUUUGGUCCUCUCAGGUGAACUGCAUGUUUUUGCAGAAAUCACAUGCCAGCACCUUCCUUUCUCGGAUCCGGAGGGCUAAUGAUGGCCUGGAGGAACUACUACACGAUAAUAUGGAAAGAGAAUGCGUUGAAGAAAGGUGUUCUUCAGAAGAGGUUCAAGAGGUUUUGAGAAAUUCUCCAAUGCCUGACCAAUUUUGGAUUUCACCUAAUGGCAGCAUUAAACCACUCCCCUGUUUUCUGAGCCAAUCGCCCUUUGCAAAGAACAAUCUGAAAGACAUUCAUUCCAUAGGAAAGAAAAUCCUUGAAAAACAAAGGGAAGUUGUUGAUCUUCUUCAGCAACUGAUCAAACGCAAGCAGAGUAUUUUGGAGUGGAUGAAGAAUCUAUAUGGAAUCAUGCAAGAUUUUGCUUUACUGAUGUCACAUCAGUUUUAAAAGAUUCAUAUUCUGCUUAUUUUGAAUGUGAAUGUAUUAAAAACAUUGAAAUUUCA